UCGAGCAGCCCCGGCGCUACGCGGGGCCGCUGUCCGUCCGUCCGUCCCACACCGCGCACGUGGUCUUCGGGAAGCCCUCUGAACUCUGAAGGCAGCAUGGCAGCAGAAGCCAAUGGCCGUUACGAAACAAAAGCGCCUCUUGCGGGAGUGGCCGCGCGGGACUGGUGGGCGUCGCUGCUUCUUCCACAGCUCAGCGCGCACAUGGCAGCGCUGCCGCCGUUAGCAGCGUAAGGGCGAAGAGGCUUCGAACCAAAUUCUAGCGGCGACUGAAAUCGCGAACAAUGGGGGCAACGCUGCAGUAGUAACGACGGGGAAAAUGAAGGCGUUCAAAUACAACGACGCUGUGAUGACGCGACCUGCUGCUGCUGCUGCUGAACACGGUGGACUGAAGCGGCCCUAAUAUCAGCAGCGAGCACUAAUAAUGGUUCCGGUCAUAGUCUAAUGGGAAUAGUAAAUAAAUAAAUAAGCGCAAUUUGAGGCUUUUUUGUCUGGAGCUACGGAGGAAACGACACGUUCCGCAUCCGAUUUGUAUCGGAUUCGUGUUCCGGUCGGUGUCGGAGAUCGCGUUCCUCUCGCUCCGCGUCCGAGUAGCCGGGGGCAUCGAAAGCGGCCGCCGCAGCCUCCCCCUUCUCCGCCAUGGCUUCGCACCUCGGUCCGCUCCUCUUCUCCCUGCCUCCUCCGCUGCCUCCUCCUCCGCUGUUGCUGCUGCUGCUGUGGUGGCGGCUGACGACGCAGCGCGCGGCGAGCAGCGCGACCGGUAGCGCGGCCGGUACCCCGGACAGCUCCCGGCUGCAGCCGCGGCCCGCCUCGUUCUCGGCCUCGGACUCCGCGGAGAGUUCGGCCGCGUGGCCCGGCGGGGCUGGUGCCGGCGAGAGCAGCCGCAACGUGAGUCCCGGCUACAACAGCGCGGCGGGGGAUACGCAGCAGCGGCAGCAGGACCACCCUGGGCAGCGGCAACACGAGGAGGAGGAGCAGGAGGACCCCGCCAGGAGCAGUGACCCCGAGCUCCUCGUCGGGGAUCCGAAUUUCCUCCCGUCCCUGGAGUCGCUGCUGCUAUUGGGAGAAGAUGAGCAGCGAAAUCGCCAUGAAGAUGACAAGCAGGACGGAGAAAUGAUGGUAAUGGUGAUGAUGGAGGGUGGUGAGAGCGACUACGGCGAAACGGUCGAGCGACACGGGGAACGUGGGGACGAGGGGGGGCGGACAGAGGGAGACGGGAAGCUGGAGGAGCAGCAAGGGGAAGAGCAGGAGAUGCAGGAGGAGCAGGAGAUCGAGGAGGAGCAGGAGAUACAGAAAGGGCAGGAGAUCCAGGUGGAACUGGAGUUCCAAGAGGUUCAAAAGUACCCGGAAAAUCAGGAGAUCGAGCAGGAGCCGGAGGGGCAGGAGAUCCAGGUGGAACUGGAGUUCCAAGAGGUUCAAAAGUACCCGGAAAAUCAGGAGAUCGAGCAGGAGCCGGAGGGGCAGGAGAUCCAGGUGGAACUGGAGUUCCAAGAGGUUCAAAAGUACCCGGAAAAUCAGGAGAUCGAGCAGGAGCCGGAGGGGCAGGAGAUCCAGGUGGAACUGGAGUUCCAAGAGGUUCAAAAGUACCCGGAAAAUCAGGAGAUCGAGCAGGAGCCGGAGGGGCAGGAGAUCCAGGUGGAACUGGAGUUCGAAGAGGUUCAAAAUUACCAGGAGAAGCAGGGGAUCGAGGAGGAGCAGGAGAUACAACGGCCACGAGAGAUGCAGGAGUCCCAGGAGAUCCAGGAGGAGCAGAAUAAUGAACAGAUGGAGCUUCCACCGAUUGCCCCCUGGCACGGGGAGCGACUCGAGAGCCACAGCUUCAGCUCAUUCACCCGGGAGCUGUUCAGCUCACACGUCAUCGGUGAAGAAGAUCGACCGCUGCCCUCUCCUCCACCCCUUGACCCGUUCGUGCCGAUCCGCUCGGACGACUGCGGCAUCGACAAGGGAUGCUUCAGGUACGGAGCUCCGGGCUGCGAUGCCGACUCGUGCGAGUACUUCCUCAGCUACCGGCGACUCGGGGAAGAUGUGGAAUUUGAGCUGAGCGCCGACACAGACGGCUGGGUGGGCGUUGGCUUCUCGUCUGACCGCCUGAUGGGUGGAGACGACGUGAUGGCGUGCGUGCACUUCAAUGGACACGUGCGCGUGCAGCACUACAACAACGUGGGGCAGUGGGUACGCGAGCAGCCACGCAACCCCGCGCGCGACGACGAGGCCAUCUACGAGAGCGGGCGCGUCACCUGCCGCUUCAAGCGCGCGCUCGCCGCUCACCGCAACGACGCCAUGGUGGACCUGCACCUCAGCUGGUACUACCUGCUGGCCUGGGGCCCGGCAAGCCACGGGCUGUUGACGCGGCACGACAUGGACACCCCGCCCGUGACAGAUUCGCCCGUGAGCGUCUUCCGCUACGAAGACGUGUACAUGCCGUCGGCCGCCUACCAGACGUGCUCGUCACCCGGCUGCCUGCUCGUCAUCGUGGCGAUCACCUUCUACACACUCAUGGGCGUGCCGUGACGGUCGCGACCAGGACGGCCGGGGGGAUGGGGGGGGGGGCACGCUUCGGUAUACGUCGCGUGCCGAGCUCUCUCUCCCUCUCUGUCGUGAUCUACUCUGAGCCGUGUAUUUUUUGAGCCGAUUGGCUGGGCUUCCUUAAUCAAGUGGGUCCACCCCGCACUCUUGUUCCCACCACUGCAGUCGAGGUGACAAACAGCGCUUUAUAUAUUCACAUCCAACGACGCUUCCACAAUGGCGACGACACAAAUGCAAGACUAUUCACUUCCGCGAACUGCAAGCAGCAGUGGCCCAAUAAAGGUUCGACACCCAUAAAUGGGUUUAGUCCCACCUAUUUACGACUACACCUGUCUCUUGCCCGAACGGGAACCUGUAACCACCACCUGCCUUCCCAUCUGAUGUCAGUGCUGUCGCUGUCACCGACUCUCGUAGGUCAGUUUACUGCAACUCACCUGCAUGGCCACCGCACCCAUUGUCUGUGAGCGUCGCACACUCAGCGUCACGUUCGCGAUGCAUCCUGGUGGGCCUCACUGACGAUGUGCCAAAUCAGACCACCCCGUGUUUCCAGGCAGCGCCACCCAGAAGGGUGCGCGCAUUGAUGCUAAAAUGGCUCUGGCACCUUCUGGGCAAUGAAAUGCACGAGAAUGCAUCCAUGAUUAAUAUUGAUUAAUAAUAGCAAUUUCGGUUUAUACGUUGAAUAAUUGUGGUCACGUCUCCAAAAGUUAUGGUACAAUGUGGAGAAACGUUUCUGCUGCCUCAUCGAGUCUAAAUACAGUUGGGAGUGUCCUGAUUUGGGAUGUUCGUGCAAAUCCUUCGGAAUAGAUAUGCAUGGUACAUAGAACUGCAGUGCCCAGGAGAAACUCGCGCAUAGGAAAGAGAGAUGACACUCAAACUGCUCAUGAGUGUAACGGCAAACUUGCUUGCUCUACUGUCAAGUCUUUGAGGUGCUUUCACUAAAUCAGUGAGACUUUGGGGCAGUGUUUGUCCUGGGCUGUUAUCGUGUUCGUGUACCUGGCUGUGCUUCGUAAUUAAGUUGACAUUACCAUCCUCGUCACACUUGUGACUGCAUGUUGCAUACAUUUUCCAUGUUUAAAAUGUUCUCUCGAAAAACGUCAUAUUUACUAUAGUUAGUAAAAAAAAAAAAUUUGAUUAUUAAUUAAAAAUAUAUAUUGUAUAACACUGUUAAGAUGGGGUAUUUUAACAAUAUACUAAGCCGUAGUUUAGAUCAUGAGGAUGAUACAUUCUUACUGUAUAACGUUCCACAGUUGCCAAAUAGAAUACAGUACUCAAAUAUGGCCUCACGUCUACGUCGAUUAACAAGGUAAUUGCUAUUUAAAGCUUUCGUGACUGCAGGGAUUCAUCUUCUUGGUUCUUUCGAUAAAGUCACGUAGAAGGGAAAUAAUAAAAUAAUAAAAAUAAAACCUAAUUAAAUAA